CGCCGUGGGAGAGCACAGCUAUGACGUAUGACGUAGGUAGCUUCAGGCCAGCAAGCUAAGGUACAUUCGUCACUGCUCCUCACAUUGAGCUUCCUUUUAAGCCUUUGAAUGCACCACACUUCCUCGAUUCCUUUUCUUCUCCUCAUCUUCAUCUUCAUCCUUCAAUCCAGCUUCGAUAAACAUUUAUCAACAACUCUACCUAGCGACUCUCACUCUAAUCGUUUGACGACUCUUCAUCACCAAUACAACCACCACCACUUCCCUUACUCAAUAAACAAUCACAAUGGCUCGCGGCGAGACUCAGCAGACUAAGGUCCACUACAAGGGCAGCGACGACUUCAUCAUCUUCAUCGAUGAUGUUGAGACCUACCAGAAGUGGAAGAGCGACAAGAGCAUUCCUCUUGCUCACUUCAUUUCUUCCUUCAAGAUCUUCCUGACACACAACCAAGGAGCUCAGGGAAGUCUCGAUGCUGCUUCAAAGGCAGCUCUUGAGAACGAGUUUGGUACCUCUGUCGAUGAUGAUGUCAUCAAGCAGAUUCUUGAGAAGGGCGACACCCAGACCGUAGAGUUCCCCGAGCGUCAAGGUCCCAAGAACGACAGCAAGGGCCCUAUGAUCUCCCACUAGAAGAAACAACAUUCUACACGAUGUACCGGACAGCAGGCGUUUGGGGGGUCCGCCAUAUUUUUGGGCGUGCAAUUGCUAGGGAAGGGCUCAUGUUGCAGUGAGCGGUGCUAUCGGUGAACAACUAAGACUCAUCUGAAAUGGUUGAUGAAGUUGUCACCAUGCAGUUAGCUUGAGCCACGAUCAUGUUGACAGCUGAUUGAAUCAGCUAGUAUCUGAUGCUCUGAGAGAUGGGCAGUUUAUGAUAGUGCUUCAUGAUAUACAACCAGCCUUGGGAAUUGCAAUGCAUUCAUUUCGCGAUCUAAUCCACACAAACCUUGCCCGAAAUCAGGUGACAUUGAAAUUAAUGCCGACUUGUGUAGCGCUUUGUGAUGCUAAGAAAACAGCGGAAAUGAUUAGUCUCGCACUCUUUACUUCAUUGACUACCCUCGGGGGGUAAUAAAACUUCUAAAAUUAGUAGGUCUAAAGAUCUACUGAAAUAUACUAAAACUUAUGUAAGUCUUUUCAUGACUUAGGAUAAAGGUCAUAAGUUUUCUUGCCUCUCCUUG